GCCGAAAUUGAUCAAAAUUUAGCCGAACCGGAGUAGAUAAGAUUUGCUCGUGGUUUUACUAAAUCAAGCAGGAUAUUGUAAAUUACAUCCGCUAGUCCUUGAUCCCCUAACUGUACGCCAGAAUCGUGAGCGUCCAGGUUGAGGGCGUUUGAUUUUACCUCCGGUGUGCAUGGGCUAACGACAGCCGGUGGUUCCGGUACACGAGACCGCUAGGGAAAAGCAAACCGGGCGUUUUCAUCCGCAGUGGUCUGCGGUACCAGCGGCAGCUGCUGGAUUCUAAUCGCAACACCGCUGUCCGGUAUCUAGAGAAGGCAUUCCAAAGGAAUCGUAAGCGAUAAGUGAACGCAACUGACCGCCACUAGUAGACGUACAUUCUCAUUGGCUGUGACCAAGAUUGUACAGGCCGCGCGGAUUUCCCGCGAGCAGUUAUCAGCUACCGACAGCUGCUAGCAGCUCAGCCGAUUGUCGGUUGAGCUGCUGAAACAACCGCUCGACUAGUGAUGGAUAUGCUGAAUCGAUUGAAAAACCGCGUACUGACGGUGGUUGCACCGGAUCUGCCAGCCUUACCACCCGGCACCAGUAACCCUUCUGUGUUCUCUAGCAGCAUGCACCGGCAGGGAGGCAGUGGCAGUAAGGAUCAGCAGGAGCAUGGCAAGAUGCUGCCGGAAAAAUUCCACUACGCUCGGCCCUGCUUUCUGCAGCUGAACACCGAAGACGAGGUGAAGGCAAGCGCGGACCAUAACGUACGGCCGAUCAUUGUACCGCGCGACCUGAUGGUGCUACCGUGGAAUAUCGGUUACGCCGAAUGCGUUAACUCGGGAAAAUCGAAGUGGAACGAAGACCAGGCAGCCUUUCACCAGCAUCGUCUGACGCAUCCGUUGCGGAAGUACCCUGAUCUGCCGUACACGUACGUCGGCAUCUACGAUGGGCAUGCGGGGUACGGGGCGGCUCUAGCGGCCGCCAACCAAUUCCAUCACAUCCUGCAUCAGCGACUUGUCGACGUCAUCGAUCUGCUAUGGCCGCGCGGUGAUGGCGACGACGGCGCAACCGGCAGCAUGCCCCAUCCGAUUGGCCUGUUCCACCGACAGGUGUCACGGGACGAGCUGAUCAUCGGUGCGCUCGAGUCAGCGUUCGCCGACAUGGAUACCGUGUUGGCAGAGGAUCGGAAUAAGUUUCGCAAUGCGGGCGGCUGCACAGCCCUAGUGAGCCUCUUCAUUCUCGGUAAACUGUACGUGGCCAAUGCCGGUGAUUCACGCGGCAUCCUGUGUAAGCGGCUUCCCCGGGCAUCGAUCAACCACACUGCAACACAAACACCAGCGAAGCGUAGCUGCUGGAAAGGCCGCGGUAGCAUUAGAGGAGCCGAAACGGUGGCUACUGCGGCAUCCCAGCACAGCAUGGAGUCAGACAGCGAUGACGAGAUGAUGACGGUCGCGGAACCGUGCUCGUUCGACCACACGCCCGACACCGAGCGGCAGCGAUUGCUGAUGAUCGGCAAGCACAACUCGGCCCUGCUCGGCGAAGAGUACAUCGCCAAGGAGUACGCUAAGAAGCCGACAUCCCGCGAUCUGGGCACGCGCAUCCUCUACCGCCAGGGUGCAAUGUGUGGCUGGAGCUACAAGACGCUCACGGUGGAUGAUCUCAAGAUCCCGCUAGUGACCGGGUCGGGUAAGCGAAGCCGCCUGCUCGGUACGAUUGGCGUGACGCGCGGCUUUGGCGACCACGAGCUGAAGGCGCUCGGCUGCAACCUUCCUAUCAAACCGUUCCUCAGCUCACACCCGGACGUGACCUGCUUCGAUCUGACCCAGGUGCAGAGCGAUCCUUCCGGCACGAACUGCGAUGGCGAGUACGGUAUCCUCGUGAUGGCAACCGACGGACUGUGGGACGUGAGCGAGUCGCAGCAGGUAGCACGGAACGUGUUUGCUACGUUGAAGCGCUACCCAACAGAGCCCCACCGGUACACGAUGGUGGCGCAAGAGUUGGUGGCCCGAUCGCGGGGACGCGCCAACGAAUCCGGCCACUGGCGGUUGGCCGAAUCACGUUCGGCGGCAACCGUCGACGAUAUCUCCGUACUGGUCAUACCCGUAUACCGAUACUACAGCGAGUAUCUCGCGUGGGCGGAGAUGUAUGAUAUCCGCAACCAGCACAAGGGCUCGGUGGCGGACCCAUUGCCCCUCAACCGCUCAGGUGAGGCAGAGCAUAGCAUCAAGGAGCAGCACAGCACGGACAAGGUGGCCAUAACCAGCACCAAGCUGCAGCAGCAGCAGCAGCAGCAGCACAGCUCCUCAUCUGGCUCGUUGCCCCAUACACCGGAAGAUGCCCAGGAGGCAGAGAACAAUCUGAAUCUGGGCAAUCAGCUGCCGUCAACAUCACAGCCACCGGCAUCGCUGACCAAACCUUAGGGCCGUGGUGGUUGCGCCGAACACAGUGGGGAGGGAAGUCGUUCUCUCCUUCCCCCGCAGUAUUCCACUAUUUUAGAACUAGGGCACACACACACACACACACACACAGACACACUCACACACACACGGACACACUCACACUCACAUGCGUGCUCCGAAGGUAAACCGGUUUUUGGAUCGCUUAGAGAUCGCAGCUGGGUAUCUUUGACGGGUAGAGUGCUUUCUAUAACUUAAGGCAUCCACAAUGGAUCCCGCUCUUCUCUCCUCGCGCGUAAGUGUAGAUAUAUGCACGUACGCACAGGGCGCGCUAUGAGUUUAGCAUUUAGUUAGUAAUGAACUUGGUCAGUCAGAAUGAACGAUGAUCUGUUUAGGCAAAGGGCUGGGUGGGUGCUCUAGCUUUCGUAGUUUUGAAUUCGAGUUUCGCGAUCGAGCGACAAGCGACAAGAGGCGUCAGCGAUGAUGAUUGAGCGGGGCUAUGAGAAGAGUAAGCAGGAGACUGUUUGUGCCCAUCGGAUCGGGCAUACCAAACGGCAUUCCAGUCAGGUAGCGGCGCGCUUCUUGCAGUAGAUUUGUGAAUUAAUAGCAAUUACCUUCUCAUUCCACCCCUUUCUCCCCUCGCCUCUAUCCUAAAAUCCCACAUUUAUCCAUAAUUUAUCUCUCAAUUAUCCCUCUUUCUACCGAUGGGUGCUCCCCAUCCACCUACUACUCAUACUCACCUAGAGC